CGCCUAAAGAGCGACAUUGUGCUAUGCGGCGUCUCAUUCGGGCCUAGCGGCGGCUGAGCGACGAGAGAUGUUGUAUUAUCCACGAGAGAAGGCCGUCGAACGUCGCUGUGGCCAAAGCUGCGAAAAAUUUGCCCGCCGACGUCGUGCGCGGUGGCGAUCUUGCGGCGCUUAGCCCUCCGACGCGCGGCGCGCCUCCUCCGGAGCGCGCCGUGUCGCCGAGGCCGCCGGAGCGCAUCGCUGCACGCCGGCGGCGCGCGGACGGCCGCAGCUUGGCUCCUCGACGGCCGCCGCCGGCCCCCGCCCCGUCGCGCCGCCGCUCCGUCGCUCGCUUCGUCGCGCGCCCGCGCGCGGCCGCCGCGGUCACCGCCGCCCCCCGCUCCCUAGGUCAAGAUGGUGUCCCUGCCCGCGUCCCAGACGUGGAUGUACGUGAGGAACUGCAACAGCGCCCUCGUGAAGCGCAAGGAGGGCACGGGCUGGAACCUCCAGCUCACGGCGGAGAAGGGCAACGUCAUGAACGUGAACGCGUUCAAGUACAGCGGCCUCGCCAACGAGAAGACCAUCGCCAUCGACAUCGGCGCCGACGGCAAGGUCACCAUGGGCCUCAAGGCGCCGAAGAACGCCACGAAGCCCGCGAAGAGCGUCAACGUGACGCCGCUCCGCAAGAACUUCCGCCGCGUCGCCAAGUCCAUCAAGACCCAGACGGCGGGCAAGUACUACCGCGGCGACCUCACGGCCAAGGCCCUCGCGCGGUGGUCCGCCCUCCACCGCCUCACCAAGGUCCAGGCCGGCGUCGCCAAGAAGGCCAAGACGAAGACCGGCCGCAAGAAGAACUAGGCGCGUUCGCGCUCUUGUAACUCGCUCCCACGCU